AUGGAGGGUCUGGAGGAGGGUAGCCAAGCUGGCCAUGAAAUGACUGGAGGAGCAGGGCGUGCCUACAGUGAAGCUGCCAUUCCUCCCAUUGCCCCUCAUCCCCCUCAUCCCCCUCAUCCCCCCCAGCCCACCCACUCCUCCCCUCUCCCUCCUCUGCCCACACGACCAGGGAGGGAGUACGCGCGGCGGGGCGCCAGGGUGUUUGCGACGGCUCUGCUUUGGGAGUAUGCACGGCGGGGUGCCAAGGUAUUUGCGACGGCGCGGUCGGUAGAUUCAAUGGAAGGGUUGCAGGAGAAGGGUGUGAGUACAGUGAAGCUGGAUGUGACUAAAGACGGUGAUAUUAAGUCUGCAGUGGAUGUGAUUGUAAAGAGCGCCGGGCAGAUCGACAUUCUUGUGAACAACGCGGGUGUGCUUAUAAUGGGGCCAGUGGCGGACCUCCCUCUCUCCUCCUGGCGCCAUGGCUUCGAAACCAACCUGCUGGGGGCAGUGGCUAUGGCACAGGCCGUGUUUCCUCACAUGGCUGAGAGAAGGAGCGGAUGCAUUGUGAAUAUGUCGAGCAUCCUGGGAUAUCAGGCACUGCCCAUGGGCGCUGUAUAUUCGGCAUCCAAGGCAGCGUUGACAGCAGCGACCAACUGCAUGCGCAUGGAGAUGAAGCCGUUUGGAAUAAAGGUUGUGCUUGCGACUCCUGGGCUUAUCAAGACUGAGCUUUUCGGGUGA